ACGACAUCACUUCAGAGUUCAGUCAUCAAUCAAUUAUCAAUUGUAAAAGUACCGGUAUAUGUGAUUCAUUAUAGGAAUUUCAACGACAAUAUAAACUAAUUUUAUACUUAAAAUAUAAUUUAAAAACUAUUUCAUAUUUUUGGGGUGAAUAACGUUGGUUUAAAAUGAAAUAGUACUAGAAUCCCUCAGCAAGUUUUAAAGCUUAUGUGACGUGAAUGCGCCUAGCCAAUCAAACAUGGCGGCGCCCAUUGUCUCAUGCGAAUUGUCAUUAAAAUCCGGUGAAAGAUCUACUUUUAAGUAUGACGUGGAUACAAAUGACGGUAAAUUUACACACCAGUCGCUUCGAGGGGCUAUUGCUGCAAUGCAGGGAGAUCUAAAUACAUUUUUAACGGCUCAGGUGGAAAAGGAAAAGCAAGAGAAUGCUCUAAAAAAUGGUGGUGCGAAGCUCCAGCGGCAAAGCAAAUGCGGAUCUGCCGAAGGCUCCGGCGGAGGCGAUGGAGAGCGAGAGGAUCCCACUGGUGAUCCAGCCGCUGGCAGUGAUUCCGAUGAUGUUGAUUUGGAUGAAGAUGAAGAUGAAGACGAAGAGCAAGAUGUCUCAAAUGAAGCAGACAGUAAUGACAACCAGGCUGGAAAAAGAGAAGCAAAGGACUGGGAUUCAACUUCAAGCAAAAAGUCCAAGUUAUCUGAUAGCUGACAUGAAUUCAUGUAUGAACUGUGAGUUGAACAGCUAGUGAUACCAUGUUGAAUCUAAAUCUAGAUUCAGCAACAUGUAUGGCAUUCACAUUUUGAUAUUGUUGUAAAAAAUGUAAAUACACUGUAUCUUAUGUUAAGACUUGUGUAAUUGUUUUAUCGGGAUCAAAUACAAUUGUACAUGGACAUCUGACAUGUACAGGAUCUGUUUGAGAACAUAUACAAUAUAUUUAUAAUGAUUGCAAGAACCAGGUUAGACUUUGCAGCAGUGGGAAGCCAUAAUGUAUCUGAUAAUUUCAAGUUGUUGUUUUGUUUUUUACCAUUACUGUUCACCUGUGUAAUGACAUCUCAGUGUAAGAUUCUUUUAUAUUUAUUUUUUAUUUGUAAAGCUCAUUUUUAUAAUAGAAUUAUGAAGUACACAUUUCCAAGAGUUGCGGGUACAUAUUACAAUUUUUUUGACAGUCAACCUGAAGUUGAGUACAUACCUUCCGUACCACUCAAUUAGUCGAAAAAGUUGUAAAACAGGUACAUACACAUUUGCAUAAUUUGUAAUGUUAAUUGUAGGCCUAUAUUUUGGCAACUUUUGGAUAUAUUGUCACUUUUUGCAAUACCAAGUCAUUCAGGUGAUCUAACCACAAUGGCUAAACCUAUAUGGGCAUUUUCACCACAGAUGGACACAGAGGCAAAAAAAUCAAGUUGAUAUUCAUGUCAAAUGCUUUAUGUUUUUUAAUAAAACAAGACCUGAAGUUUCAGAGACAAAAUUUUUUUCCGACUCUGGCAGCCAUUUUUUAUUUCAAAAUGGCUGCCAAAGUAUGGAUACAAAUUAGUGUUGAAAAUAGUAUAUUGAUACAUAUUUUGUUUUGACAGAUUUUUAAAGAACAGGUUUGAUCAUGAUGUUUUCGCCUGUGAUUUAGCUUGCUAUUAUAACACUUUUUAAAAUCCCACAGAAAGAAACACCAGUAAUUCAUUCAUCUGAUAAAAAAACAUUGAUGAAGUAUGUGAUAUGGUAUGUAAUGUCAGUUACCGAAAACAUGAACUUUUUUUUCUCAUUUCCUGGAAAAGAGGAUACAUUAUAUGAAACUUGGUAGAUUUCCUCUCUAGGUAACACCCCUCCCUUCUACACCAAAAUUAAAGAUUACCAAUUAACAAUGAAGCCAUAGGGUACCAUUAAAUAUAUGUAAUGUCAGUUACCAAGUGGAAAAUGUAAUGUCAGUUACCGAGAUGUAAUGUCAGUUACCAUGAUAAAACGUUGGUUACCAAUAUUGAAAUGCAAAUAUGUGGUCAAUUUUAUGAAAAAAUAUUAUAUACUUGUUAUUUAAGUCUUUCACUUUAAAAGUCACACCAGAAGGAGCUUGCUAUUGACUUUUAAAAGGUAUAGUUCACAAGGAAUACUAUAUGAAAUUAUGAAGGAAGUUGCAUUCCCAUCGUGCAAAAAAAAAAUUGCUAUGAAAUUGUUUUGUACAUGCACUUACCAAGUACCUAUGUUUGUAUCAGACAAUUUUUUGUUUGGUUUUCGGGGGGGGGGUAGGGGGUACUUUUCCCAACCUAUUGCCCCUUAUUCAUUUUGCCUUUUUUGAGGGGAGGGGGAGGUUGGAGAAGGAAAAGGUUUAAAAAGUCAAUAUAAAACUGAUGAAUAUAUUAUGGGUGUAUAGUCAGAAAAAUCCAUGUGUACAGUCAAUGCAAUAUUAAAUUACUAUAGGAAAACAUGUAGCUGCUAUGACCCCCCCCCCCCCCCCCCCGAGUAAGUAAAACAUACAUUUCUUAUCUUUGGAUAAUUAAAAAUGUGAAGUAUUAUGAAACUUUUAUGAUUUUAAAAAGCCUUACAUAUAAGUACCAAGAAAAUUAUGCCUUUGAAAAUCAUAUAGCACUGGUAAAUGUUAAUGUGUAUUGUCAGUUUCCGACAAGUAAUGAUAAAAAUGUUCAAAUCAAAGAAAGGAAUUAAGAAAAAGAAAUUUUUUUUUCAUUGAAAUGUUCCUAAAAACUCGGGUAUACUUCCACAAGCUCACUUUCAUGUGAAGCCCUGCACAGAACAUACAAUGCAAUGAUUCCACACAUUUGACUUCCAUGUGUUAUCUCUAUGGCAAAUUAAGUGUAAUGUCAGUUACCGUAAUGUCAGUUACCAGCAUGGUUGUGGAAAAAUGAUCAUAGUCCCCAAAAGACAAAAACGAAUUGUUUAAUAUUUUGACACAUCUUAACCUAGUAACGGAGGUAUAUUUACAUAUUCAAAUUAUUACUCUAUCUACUCAGGGACAUGAGAUAUUUCAAUUUUAAUGAACACCCUGAAAUUGCCUGUCCUUUUGCGUAAUGUCAGUUACCGACACAUUUUUGCUUGCUGAUGCGUAAGAAAAUGUGGUUACAUAGGAAAACUUAGUAUCAGAGUAUACAGCAAGGUUCACUUCAUUAACUCUAUCAAAAGCAAACUCCCAUCAUUUGUUGUUUUAGAGAUACACACAAUGAAAGGUGCGAAAACAUUGUGCCGUGUAAUGUCAGUUACCGUGAAAAUGCCCAUAUGGUCUUUAAAGUUUACCAAUAUUUCUAUUUGCUGUCUUGUCCAACUAAAUUGGUUCGUGCAAUUUGUCAUUCUAACGAUCAAAUCUGCUUUUUCAUGUACUCUGUAUUCAAUGACAAUUUGGUACAUGUAUAUACUAGGCUUACCAUGUCUUCUCAUCAGAAAGAGAGAGUGAUGUGAGACCAAGCAGGGAAUUAUAGAUGAAAUGAAAAUAGGCAUAGCCUAUGAGAUAAAAUGACAAAGUGCAAGUUUGACACGAAUUGGUUGUAGAGGACAUUGACAUAGACCAAAACCAGGGAAAAUAAGACAGACAAAGUUACCGAUUUCCCAAUGGUUUGGUAUUCAAAUUUAUGAAUGCCUUUUUUAAAAUCUACCCUAACUUAUACUAAUUAUCAUUAUAAAUUAUCGGAACACAGUAAGGGCUUUUUGAAGACUAAACAUGGGUUGUCACUUAUAAUACCUGUUCAGAAUGUAUUAUUUCUGAUUGAUAUUUCAUUAGAGGAUAACCUUUUGUUUUCAUUUGUGUAAGAUUGACAGGGUAAACAAUCAUAUAAUUAUUAGAAAAUGUUGCAAAUUGAAUUUACGAGAAUGUACAAAAUACUGUUCAUCAAAAGCAAGAAUUUGAUGAAAAUCAUGUAAUAAAUCUUAGUAUGAGUUCAUGUACUGUACAUGCAUGGGCGGAAAUCCCAGGGGGGACAGGGGGGACGUGUCCCCCCUACUCAAAAUAGUAGGGGGGACACAAUAUCAAAUGUCCCUCCUACUAUUUUUUGUCUUUUAUGAUGGUAAGAAAUACAUCAUUCUAAAUCGAAAUAAAACAUGUAUUUUGGGACGAGAUGACCGUACUUUUGGGAUGAUAACCUUUUUUUUUGCUUGUCAAAUUUUCCCGCCCCAUGUCCCCAAAGGCGGAUCCAGGGGGAGGGCCCCCCCCCCCCCCUAUUGGCGGAGCAAAAAAAGAAAAAAAGGAAAAGAAAGAAGGAAAAUGAAAAAAGGAGGGAAAAGAGAGGAGAAAAAGAAGAGAAGGACGACGAGUGCAUAAAAUAAGAUGAGGGGAAGACUUGGAAAAUAAAAAGAAUCUUUCGUGCCACUAUAUUAAAUUUUCGCUCGCGCUUCGCGCUCGCAUUGCUUGUUAGGUGAUUUACAUAUUUCACCUCGGAAAUGGAACUUUCAUUAUUUUGUGUGAUUUACAAAUUGGUUUUUAAAAAGUGCUCUGUAAAAAUGUCAGUUUUAUGGGCUGAAUAAUUUUAUCAACAUCUGCUCUCGCAAAUUUUGAUUUAUCAGGUACCUAUUAUUUUCGUGUAUUCCAUAAAGUUUUCAAAAUAUCCCUUUUCAAGUCUGAUUGUCAAGACGUAUCAGCUAGCGCUGCACGCUGGCAUUUUGAUUGGCGAGUUAUGUAUGUUUCAAUAUUGAUUAUACAACAAACUACUUGAAAUCCCCUUUUCAUGACAGGUUAUCAAAAAUUUUAGCUCGCGAUUUGCGCUCGCAUUAAUGGUUAAAAAUAUAUUAACUGAUGUAUCCUAUUCAUAAUUACAAAAGUGAAAUGUCGAGUUUUUAUGCCAUAAUAUCAUCAGAUUUCGCGCCCUCAUUAGGCAUUAAUAAAUAUGAUAUUGAUUUAAUAAUUAAUUGUCCCUUUUAAAUCUCGAAAUUUUCCGCUCGCGCUUCGCGUUCGCAUCAGUUGUCUACUUAUAUACAUACUCUGCUUGAGAGUCAGUUACAAAAAGUGCUUAGAAUUUCCAUUCUUUAGGUGAAAAUGUAAAAAAAAAAUCAGCUCGCGCUUUGCGCUCGCAUUAUUUGAUCAUGUUAAAUGCUAACUGCAUGCAGUCUUUAACAGGUAUUUUUCCAUCAGUUCAUUUCUGCUCGCGCUUUGCGUUCGUAGUAAUUAUUAAGUUGCAUACACAUUUUUUCAGGAUAACAAACAUUGCCCAGAAUGUUCAAAUUUUAGGAAAAAAUACAUAAAAUUUCCAAAAAAUUAGCUCGCGCUUGUAUCUUAUAUCGAUAUUAUAUAUGAAUUUAUAAGAAUAAAGCUAAGAAGUGACUAAUGAGGACUACCCCUUCAAAGAAACAAACACAAAUCAUCUUCGAGCUGCCGAUCGGGGAAAAUAUGGCUGAAACAAAUUUCCGCCCCCCCCCCCCCCUAUUGGCGAAGGCUGGAUCCGCCCCUGUGUCCCCCUACCUUUUGGGAGAGAUUUCCGCCCCUGUGUACAUGUCUACUACUUUUUUUUUUCGUAGAGCUAUCUUUAUACUUAUGUUUAAUUAAGUUUUUGAAAUGUCAUCAUUAUUAUUAUUUAUUUGGCCAUAAAAAACAUACAAAAAUUGUACAAUGUAAUUACAUUAAUACAAUUUGAAAUUGAAUAAUUAAAUAUAGAUAAGGUAGAAAUGAAAGAGAAGAAGAAAACGGUUUUUCCAUGGGCCAGGGCUCGUAAAAGUAAAAUUCAGUACUAUUGCCAAGAGGCAUGCGAGCCCUCAUGGAAAAACCGUUGAGAGAAUAUUGCACAUUCAAUAUAUAAAAUUGCACAUUAUUAAAAUUCAAAUAAAACACAUUGACAAACAUUAUUUAAAAAAGUAUGUAUGUAACGCCAGGCAAGAUACAGUAAAAUAAAUAAAGACGGGUAUUAGGAAGAA